CUACAAAGUACCUAAAUGCUUACUUGGUCCCCCACUAUAUGAUGAAAGAGGCAGGAAGGUGUGAUGAGAGGCUCGUGGAUACUUACAUAACAAAAAGAAUGAUAUGAGGAUACAUGGAAAGCUAAGCAAAUACAGUAGUUAUUACCUUACAGUACUUCCUUCUCACUGUGCCCGGUAAUGAAACAACUGCCAACUAGUGAACUUUCAAAGAUCAUGUUUUGGAUUAAUCGCAGAUGGUCUUCUCAGCUCCAGCAGCCUGAUGAAGAAGGGAGAUCCCAUGGAAGAACUGAAAGCAUGACCUACAAAGCACCCAGGGCGAGUUGGAGGGAAGUGGAGCUGGCAGAAGUAGAAGAGGAUGAGGAGGAGACUGAGUUAGAAAACCAAACUGCAGACAGUGGACUGUCUUCCCUUGGGUGGUACCAUGCAAACCUCUCGCGUCAUGCAGCCGAAGCUCUGCUGCUUACAAAUGGACAAGAUGGAAGCUACCUCUUGAGAAACAGCAAUUCCAAGUCAAACAGCUACUCACUAUCUGUCAGGGCCAGGGAUUCUGUAAAGCAUUUUGAAGUUCUGCAGUGUGGAUCUUAUUUCAAGUUUGGCUUCAAUGAAUUUCCUACGUUAAAACAAUUUGUAGAGCAUUUUGCAAAUCAGCCCUUGAUUGGAAGUGAAUCAGGCACCUUAAUUUUAUUGAAACAUCCUUAUCCUUGUACGGUAGAAGAGCCUUCAAUAUAUGAGGCUGUCCGUGUUCAUACAGCAAUGCAGACUGGACGUUCUGAAUCCGACCUAGUUCCUGUGGCACCCGCAUUGGGUACCAAAGAAGGAUAUCUUACAAAACAAGGAGGACGGGUAAAGAGUUGGAAAACCAGAUGGUUUAUACUGAGUCGAAAUGAGCUGAAAUAUUUUAAGGACAAGCUGUCUACAGAGCCAAUUAAGACGCUUGACCUUACAGAGUGCAGUGCUGUACAGUUUGAUUAUUCACAAGAGAAGGUCAACUGUUUCUGUAUGGUAUUUCCUUUAAGGACAUAUUACCUUUGUGCAAAGACUGGAGCAGAAGCUGAUGAGUGGAUUAAGAUGUUACGAUGGAAAAUGUCACAGAUAAAGAAACAGAUGCAAUAAAGGAAACAGCUGAUCCAUACUGGAAAAUAUUCGUCAGUAAGAAGGAACAUCCAUAUGGUGACUUCUUCCUGUGAAGCUAAUGAUACCUCUUACACAACCAGACCCACACAGUGACUUGGGCAAUUAACAUUAUAUUGGUACUACGGAUUAGUAAAGGAGUUACUGUUAUAACUGACAUCUACUGAGACCAAUUGACAGGCAACCCAAACCAGUAUAAAUCUGUAUAAAAAUGAAUUCUGUCAACCAGAAGUUCAAUUAUGUCCACUUGUGUUGCAUACUGUUACACAAUUUGUAUUAAAUGACAACAUAGCAAUAAAUAUGUAACCUAAUAUAUCACAAUACUUGGGAACUAUUAUAACAAGGGAAUAAAAACUUAUCUGACCAAUAGUACAACUAAACCACUUUAUCACAUCAAAACGUAUGAUAACCAGACUGGCACACAUAGCAAACACAGUAAAUGUUGCAUGUACACAAAUAGUUCAGAACUUCUGUGAAUAUGCACCCAAUAUGACAUUUAUGGAAAAGUGUUCUCUAUCAUAUCCUGGGACAAUGCUUUCAAGAUAUCUGACAGUAGAUAUGCAAAGUAUUGUGGUGGCCUCAGCAGUUUCUGGUAGAACUAUACAGGUCAUACAGGAAAUGGGAGGGAAAUAUAGAUUGGCACAGUUCCCUGGGAAUCUCAUAUCAAACACCAAACAUUAGCAAAAGUCCAGCCAAAUGCCUUCACCAAUUCACACCCAUUAAAUCAAAUCACCCCAACUUCUACUUAUUAUAUGUUAUCUGCCAUUCUGAGAAACUGGUAAACCUUAAGGAAGCAAAAUGCAAUGUUUUAUUCAUAGAUUUGUUCACUGGUGAAUAUUUUGUAUUGUACAUCAAUUUUUUGUCUAUAACCAUUGCGUUUAUUAAAUUGGUACAUGUUUUUUUAAGA